UGUCAAGAAUAACCCCUGAGAGAACACAGUUCAUACAUCGUACAAGAAUUUUCAACCAUGCUGACCAAGGUGAUUGCUGUGGCGGCCCUGCUGGCCAUCCCCGCCAGCGGACAGUGCGGCUGUGGACACAGCGGCUGGGGGUAUCCCAGUGUGGCUCCUGCUGUCCAGCCACUCUUGUAUCCCUCUCUGUCCGCACCAUGGAGCUACCCCAGCUACACCGCAGCACCGGCAGCCACUGGCUCUGCAGCGUCUUCCUCCAGCUCUUCCGCCGCUAGUGGAGUAGGAGGCAGCGCGUCUUCGUCGUCAGCUGCUUCAGCCGCGGCGUCCGGGUACCCAGGGUACGUCAGUCCGGUGUCGUAUCUCCCCGCGAGUCCAGUGUCGUAUCUCCCUCCUGUUUCUCCAGUAGCUCCACUGAUACCCUCAUACGGUGGAGGAUGUGGAGGGUAUGGUUUGGGAGCCGGCGUUGGCAACCUGUGGGGACUUGGCAACAUCUGGGGAGGAUAUGGCUACCCUAGUGGCAUUGUGUCAGGACUCGGUUCAUCCGGAGCUUCUUCAUCAUCCAGCUCUUCAGCAGCUAGUGGCCUUGGAAGUGCUUCUUCUUCAUCAUCUGCUUCCGCAAGCGCAUCUAACCCUGGAUAUGGAUAUGGAUCAGCAGCUCCUUACGUCUCCGUGGCACCGAUCGCACCAUCUUACCCCGUUGCACCAAUUGUUCCAUCUUACCCCAUUGCUCCUAUUGCACCAUCUUACCCUAUUGCACCUAUUGUGCCAUCUUACCCUAUUGCUCCUAUUGCACCAUCUUACCCUAUUGCACCUAUUGUGCCAUCUUACCCCGUUGCACCAAUCGUGCCAACUUGCUCCGUGGCACCUAUUGCACCGACCCUGCCAAUCGCCCCCAUAGCUCCCGCUGCUCCUUCUUGGGGCGGUAUUGUUGGUGGGUACGGAAUCGGCUCUGGUAUCGGCGGUGUCUGGGGAGGAUACGGCCUCCCCGGGCUGGGAGUCGGGGCUGCGUCCAGCGCCUCCGCCGCUGCUGCACUCGGCGGUCUCUCCGGCGGCCUUAUCGGAGGAUACGGAUACCCUUCUGUCGGCGUGGGAGCUGCCUCCUCGGCCAGCGCUGCUGGUGUCGGGCUGGGCGGCCUCUACCAGAGACCCUGCUACUGAAGGAACUCCAACUUUAAAUAUGAUAUUUGUCUCUUGACCUUUUUCUCUUUGUAAAUGUUACUCUGGUAUUGUAUGAAACAUUUUUUUUUUGUGUUUGGAACAACAAGUUUAUAAAAUGCUACCAUUAUAUACUUUCAAAUUGUGAUUUGUAAAAUAAACGGAAUUAUUUUUGAACAAAACUA